GUCUUACCUGUGACAACGCAUUCUUGCUUACAUUUACAAUGGAUAUUUAACAAGAAGCACACGUAUUUCUUGCAUCGCAAAAAAACAAUUUUAAAAUGUUAAAUUCAAGGAUAGAUUAUUUUGUGCACCAAAUAGUAUUUAUUUAUGUUACAUUUCUCGUUUUGAACUUAGUAUCGGCAAAAAGAAAUUUCAAUCUAAAUGAUAAAUAUGUCAAUGCAAGCCAGACCCUUAAUUUGGUUCAUCAAACAUCAGAGAGUUUAUUUACUGUACUAAAUCAAAUCGAACCGGAUUUCGAUCCGGACGCAUGUGAUCCGAUCUCAUCGACGAUGCCGGACUUUUUUAAGCCUGGCCGAAGUAUAAGCGAGACAAAAUGCCUUGAAUACUUAUGGCGGAUGCGAUUUUACGAUCAUUCGCUUGUGAGAGUCGUUAAAUGUGGCGCUCCAUUUGAUCCAAGUUUGACCGUUAUAUUUGGAGGUCAAGACGCAUCGCCCGGACAAUUUCCUCAUAUGGGGGCAAUAGGAUGGAGGUCAGUAAAUGACACCUGGACCUUCAAAUGUGGCGGUACACUUGUAACAGAAAAGUUCAUGAUUUCUGCAGCUCAUUGUUCUCGAGCGAAGAGAGGUGAUUCCAAAAUCAUAGAUCCUGUGCCCAAAAUAGUACGAGUGGGUGAAGUUAAUAUUGGGUUAAAGAAUCCAGAUGAUCAACCACCUCAAGAUUCGCUCAUCAAGAGAUUCAUUGUCCAUCCAUAUUAUCGAGCUCCUAGAAAAUACUAUGAUAUUGCAAUUAUUGAACUAGAGACACCAAUAAUGUUUACUUUGAAAAGCCAUCCCGCUUGUGUUUGGGCGAACCCUUACCAAGAAGUAUUUGGAAAGGCUGCACUGACUGGAUGGGGUAUUACCGAAGCAGGUAGUGAAGAAGCGCAUCCCAUUUUACAAUUUGCGGAGGUGGAUGUAGUCCCGGUGCGCGAGUGUGACAAAUUGCUGCGGUCUAGUCGCAACAGAAACUGGCGCGGGCUGGUCUAUCAUCAGAUGUGCGCCGGACAUUUGGAAGGUGGAGUUGAUUCCUGUCAGGGUGAUUCUGGUGGACCAUUACAAAUGGAAAUCAAGAUGCCAGGUUUUACAGAUUGGAACAUGCAUUAUGUUCUUGGAGUUACGUCUUUUGGUUAUGGAUGUGGACGUCCGAACACUCCGAGUGUCUACACCAGAGUGUCCAGUUUUCUGGAUUGGAUCGAAAGUAUCGUUUGGGAAGAGGAUUAUUUGAGAGUGAAUAAAAAGAAUUAGUUUUAGAAGUUUCAAGAGCACAACUCACUCCUGCCAGAUACCAAAGAGCAAUAUUACGGAGUAUCUCUAAAUUGGCAACGGCUUAAUCAUGAUUAUAGCCAGCCAUUAAGUUUAGAGAUAAAAAUAUGUAUGUCAUUAAUUAAAUGUGAUUUUGGAUUCAAUAUAUUUCCGAAAAUAUAAU